UUUUCAUUUUAAUACACAAACCGAAUUGUCGACGUUACGAUAUAAUGUUAUUGAUCGGAAGAAAUCGUUUACUUAGCUUUCAAUGAAAUUACCCAUAUCGAAUAAAGUCCAUUAGGUUCUUGUUGUGGACUGACCAAAAUAACCCAUAAUUAGAUGGAGAGGCAGAGCGAGACGGAUCUGUAAAUAAUUCAGUACUUGCUUCGUUAAUACGUUUUUACUGUACUCCGAGGGUCCUCUGGCGUGUUUUCUGUCUUAUUUGACCAUUUUUUACUAUAUUACCAGCGACCUAUGAAGCCUGGUAGAGGCUAUUAAGGCCCCAUCCAUGCCCUCUUUCAGAGCACCCAGCUUUCCAAGAGAAAAGGGUAAUUCAGAUCGUUUUAACUGAAGUACUGCCCUUACAAUACCUCCAAUGAAAUAAUGCUUGACUGAUCAAAAAGGUUGACUUCAACUUCUCUCCAAAGCUAGAAUUUACACACUUUGAUUCAAAAUAAGAGCUUGACUUAAAAGGAAUUAUUCAGGUUUUGGUUUUCCUGAACUUUCCUGAUCGUCCCCUGGGUGCUUUAAAACACACCCCUUCUGUAUAACUUGUGAUCGUCCCCUGUGCGGUCAGACCAAAACACAAGAUGGCGGAUACAGAGGCAAGUUUUCGGAAGCAAGUACGGGAUGAAUUCCUAUCUUGUAGCAUAUGUCUAGAGCCAUUUCAUCAGCCCAAGACACUUCCCUGUCUUCACACGUUCUGCGAGGAAUGUCUGCGGGACCACGCCGAGGUUCGCCCGGGGUUCCAGUGCCCUACUUGCCGCCGACAUGCUGUGCUGGGUCCCGAUGGGGUAGCCGGACUCCCGGAUAACCAUUUCAUUUCGAGUUUAUGUCACACCGUUCUAGAGCAAGGUACGGCGGAAUAUGAGAGCCAGUGUGGCGCCCAUUCUCCUGAAGAAUUAAAACUCUUCUGUGCUGAUUGUGAAGCUGUUAUCUGUAGCGAAUGCUGGGACGAAAAACAUGCUACUCACACCGUAACAACGGCGAGAAAGGCAGCGGAAACAAAGAAGGCUGCGUUUUCGAACAUAAUCGCAAGAGGACGCUCUUAUCUACAAACAGAUUCCGCAUUCCUUAGAAAGAUUCGUACUCUGGAAGAAACGAUCAACGAAAACAAGGAGAAAGUUGAGGCGGAGGUCUCGGAAGCCUUCGAUGAGUUAAUAAGACAGUUGAAUGAGAGAAAAGAGAGGUUGCUUUCGGAGGUGGACAAAAAUCACCAGCAGAAUAUCGCGGGACUUGAAGAGAAAAAAGACAAACUUCUGAAACAGGUUGCCGAGCUGUCCAGCGCUUGUGAUAAAACAGAAAAUGCGAUGAAAGAAGGUGGAGGAGACUUUCUGCGACAGGGGAUCGAGUUAUCGACGACUUUUAAGGAUUAUGAGGAAAAGCAAACUACUCCGAUCACAAUGCAAACUUGCGUGACCUCAUUCCAACCCAAAGGCAUGAAUGUGCAGAUUGACGAAAUGGGUGAACUGAGAUUGGACUCCACAAUCACAACCUCAGAUUCAGCACGGAAAAAGAAAACCGCGGGACUUGACAGCAGCACGGAUUGGAAACGAUCCUUUCUUCAGUUGAUUUUUGGUUUGUCCAUUGCUCUUUCACUGUAUAAUAUAAACUUUUCAGCCAUAGUUGUUUGGUACGAGCAGGGUAAAUUUAACCACCCUAGCGGCGUCUCCGUAUCUCAGAAUAGCGUGCUGUUCAUCGCAGAUGAGGGCAACUCCAGGAUUAAGAAGAUAGACCCCCAUGGACAUUAUGUAGGACAAAUAACAACAAUGAUCGAAGGAGGAGCCGAGUUCUGGCCUGUGUCUAUAAGGCCGUUUGCCGUAGCACUGGGUUGGGGUGAUAACCUUUGGGUUGUAGGUCAGCAAGAAUCGACUGCAAGUUCCUCUAAAUUCGCUGUUGCCAUUUUUACCACUACGGGGAAGUACAUUGGAAAAGUUGUCACAUUUGAAAACCCCAAAGACAUAGCUGUAAAUACUGACAGGAAGUUCGUCAUGGUGAUAGACGGAAGUGACGUCAAGAUGUUCAAUCUGAAUGGUAGAGUAGUUCAUUUGAUCAAGGGUAAAGACUAUGGCUUGCAAAACCCACAUCACAUAACUGUUAGUCAAGGUGGAGAUAUUUUGGUGUCUGACUCUGCAAAGCACAUGGUGUUUGUGUUUUCCGAGAAAGGACAGUUCUUACGUUCGUUUGGAAGCGAGGGAAGCGGUGAGGGUGAACUUAAGGGACCGCGUGGGAUAUGCACAGAUUCAUCGGGAAAUAUCAUCGUAGCGGACGAAGAAAACAGCCGUAUCGUAGUAUUCGACGGUCAAGGACGUUUCGUGCGACUCGCCGUCAUUGGUGUGACCAAUCCGGUAGGGGUCGCUGUUGCACAGGGCGGUGAACUUGUGGUUACAAGAAGUGACUUUCAUGGCCCUGAAGCUGUACUCAUCUACGAUUCUUACUAACCAUUCAGUAAUAUCAAAACUGGACAGUAAUUGCAUGAAUACAUAUUUUAUACCUUGACGAUUUGAGUAUUUGCUAGUUUAUGUCUCAGUGCUUGCUAGCGCCACAUGAUUGUACAAGUGACCAACGUAAAUGUGACCGGGUCAUUGUGAAUACUUUUAGAGGUUCCUUAGAUAUUUUUCCCAUUGAGACAAGCAUUGCGAAUGCUGUUUAUAGUGACCAGAUUUUAUGACAGUCCACUUGGAGUAUUCUACAGUUCUGACUGUGUAGCAAUAUAUUUCAAAAGGCACAAGCACUUUUCUUAUCUUUGUUAUACAUUCGAUUUCUGAGAUAUAUAUUUGUUCCUGAUUUAGUGACACCAUUGAACAAAAUACCAAUAAAAUUACUUUUCUUGUAUCCAUAAAAUCUUUGUGAUGUAUAUAUUUAAACGCUUCAAACGUCUGAAAAUUUCAAUAAACAAUAUCUCGUUGCAUGCCGAUUUAUUAUCGACACAAUGUCAAAACAACGUGAAACAGAUAUUUUCAAUCAUACAAAGAAAAUGAGAAAGGCUUGACUAAGAUUCCAUUUUUAUUUGUGAAUUUUUCAUUAUUUUCAAAAGCUCACUUUUCUACGUAUCAUAACUAAACCACACCUAUAUUCUACGAGCCGCCAUCCGGUACAUUUAGGACUUGAGCAAUUUUACAUCACCUGAUGCAAAAUAACACGAUACGAUAUAUAGUCCUGCUACUGGAUAUGAUAAUCCCCACAUCUAAGCAUAUGAAUA